GUGGGUCACACCCAAACUCUCAAAUAAUUCAUCCAUUUUCAAGCUCUGAGUUCUCCAUAUGAUGAACAGCAAACCCUGAAACCCUGUAGUUUUGAUCCCACCUUUUCUUUGUUUGGCCAUAGUUUCAGAUCAAAAAUACAUAUUGCGUCGAUGGUUUCGGACAAAAAACUAGCAAACGUUGUUGGUGGCAAAACGUUUAGAGCCUGUGAUAAUUGUAUUAGAAAGCGGGCUCGGUGGUUCUGUGCCGCCGACGAUGCUUUCUUGUGUCAAUCCUGUGAUGGUUCGGUCCAUUCGGCCAACCUUUUGGCUCGUAGACACGAAAGGGUUCGUCUCAAAACGGCGUCGAUCAAGUCCUUGAAGGAAAUUGCUCUGCAGAGUUCCUCUUCCUCACCUUCAUGGCACCAUCGUUUCACCAGAAAAGCUCGAACACCACGUCAUGGUAGCUCCAGAAAACCAAAAACCGACGAUCCGAUACCAAACCCACUUCAUUUAGUGCCGGAGAUUGGCGGAGAUGAGAAUUCUCACGAAGAAAAUGAGGAGGAAGAGCAGCUUCUUCAUAGGGUUCCGAUAUUCGAUCCGUUUGUUGCAGAAAUGUGCACUUCUGGGAGUUCGAAUGAUGCUGUAACAACUGUUAACAAUGAUUUGGGGGGUGAAUCAAAAACUUUGUUUCAUGAUUAUGUUCAUGAUGGGGAUAGUUUUCAUGGGUUUCUUCCGUCUGAGAUGGAACUUGCAGAGUUUGCAGCUGAUGUUGAAAGCUUGCUUGGAAAAGGUUUGGAUGAAGAAUCGUUUCAUAUGGAAGGGUUAGGGCUUUUGGAUUGCAAAGAAGAAUCAAUGGAGGGUUCUUUAAGCAGUGGAAAAGUGAAGGUUGAAGAUGAAGAAGCCAUGACAAACGUGUUUGAUAUGGAGAUUGACAUGGAAAGAGAACCUUUUGAACUGAACUUCGACUAUGAAUCUCUGGCGACAAACGAGGAAGACGACAAGGUGGGAGUCGGCGGGAUAAUUGUGAAGAAAGAUGAAGAUUAUUGUGAAGUGAGGGAAAUGAAGAAGAAGAUUUUGUUGAGUCUUGAUUAUGAGGGUGUUCGAACAGCCUGGGCCGAUCAAAGGUCACCGUGGACCACCGGUGAACGGCCGGAAGUGGACCCUAAUAACUGUUGGCCGGACUGCGUGGGUCCUUGUGGGACAUUUCAUCACCCAUACGGAGAUGUAGGAAUGUUGGGAGCUGGACACAGUGCAAUGGUGGUGGGUGGUGAAAGAGAAGCAAGAGUAUCGAGGUACAGAGAGAAGAGGCGUACCAGACUGUUUUCGAAGAAAAUAAGGUACGAGGUUCGGAAAUUGAAUGCAGAAAAAAGGCCCAGAAUGAAAGGGAGGUUCGUUAAGAGGGCAAACAAUUUUGCAGAAUCAGGGUUUCCUUUGCUUACCAAAUAAUUAUCAACUGUUUUUUGCCUACAGUAAUAUGUGACUGAGAUAAGUGAAAAGAUGCUGUACGUCUGAAACUGUUGAUUCUAAAACCCGAAUCUACAAUAAAAUAGAUGACUACUUGCCAUCGCUCCUAGUUCGAUCUCUUAGUUAGUCCUCCUAAGAGUGUUUAUACAAAUUGUGGAAGAAUGCUAUAAAAAUGCUUGUACACUUAUGAAAUGGAGACAUAUUGAUGCUAUAUUCCAGCAGCUGUCUUUCAUUAAUUGUAUGAUAUUAGUCAAGAAUUUGGAACAGUUAGU